AUGAACUUACUUAAUCACGAACAGAAACUUAAAUUAUAUGGAGACAAGAUUCCUUAGAAUCAAGUAUCAGCACCGAAGUGGUCUCAAAAUAUAUCAGAUUUAGUGAAGAAAAGUCACUAGCAGAAAUUUCAACUUAAUCCACCAGCGCAUCAUAACUAAGAUAUCUAGUUUUAAAACAAUAGACUCGUUUAGAAGCUUGUUAAUAUCCAUCAUUAGAAUUCAGGCGAAUAGUAGCCAAUAGGAAUAAAACUCUCUUAAACAGCUUAGGGGUUCAUGCUAAAAGAUCAAAACAAAAGAGUGACAUUGGACGAGUGCACAAAUAAUUUUGCACAAUAGAAAAAUUUAAACUAAAAUUACCCCUAAUCUCAAUAGCCUUUAAACAAUAUAACAUCAAACAGAUCUGGAAGUAGCUAAGGAUUUGCUAGUAUUAAAUCAAAUCAGGGCAUCAAUACUGCCAAAGCUAUAGGGCAAUUCAAGUUUAACCUUACUUUAAAUCGUAACAAGCAAAUGCAGCCUAAUCAGAAAAGUCAAGAGUUCGCAGGAUUUUAUCCAAAUUAGUAAAACUAAUAAGUCUAGUAGUUAAAUGAAGAGUAAAAUGUGUAUGAAAAUUUUGGAGAAGAUUAAGAAGCCAACUUUAUGAAUCAAAUUCCAGAUAGGCAAAAAACUAUAUAGCCUAGAGGAAGAAGUAAUCUAGGGCCCCGACAAUAAAGUAAAUUUAUGCUUGUCUAAACAAUUGAAGAGUAAAAUAAUUAACCUGAUAUCCUCGACGACUACAACGACCUUGAUGAGGAAUUUGAUCAACAAAAAUUGAACAAAAAGAGAUAGAGUAAUUCUCAGGCCACUAGAAAUGUUUAAAACCCAAUAGCAAAGAAAGUGCUUGAAAAAUUCAAUUUAUUAAACGACACUAACAUGGAAUCAAUGGAGGAAAGAUAAAAAAUUUUCGAGGAAGAAAUAAUUAAAAGAGUUAAAGAGAUUCAAAAAUAUGCUAAAACCCUCCAUCUUUCUAUAAAGAAAAUUCAAAGUCAAAAUGGUAAGAAAACCGAAGAGUGGUAGUUAAUUAAAGAAUAAUUGACCAAACUUAAAGAUGAAGUUGAAAAGGAUGAUGUUAACGAACAAAUUAUUCAGGAAAUGAUAGACACUAAACUUAAAUAAAGCUAAGAUGAGCAAUAAUUGCAACUUUCGAAUCUUGAGAUUAAGAUUACCAAGGAAAAUGAUAAUAAGAUUUAGAGGGCUUUGAAAAAUACAUAAAAUGAGUUAUCCCUUCAAAUUGAAAAUAUUAAGCAAGAAAUAAUAAGUCAAGUUUAUGAAGAUUAUAUUCAUUAGCUAAAGUCUGAGCUAUCCAAAACAAUGAAUGAUAAAUUUACAAAUUCAAUAAAGAUUUAGGACAAAAAUUAGCAAGAAACUAAAGACCAGAUAAAUGGCUUAAGUUUAGAAUUGGAAGAUUUCAAACUUUAAACUUAAUAGUUUCAAAAAGAUUCUAGUUUCAAACAAGAGAAAUCUUAAAAGUAUUUGAUCGACACCAAGGACAGUAUUAAUGAAUAAAUGCAAUCAUUUCAAGAAAACUUUAAUGAUUAACUUGAUCAACUUAAGAAGAAAAUAUCAAAGGAACUGAAAAAUGACUUAGAUAUGAAGUAAUAUGCUACUUAAUCAGACUUAAAUGAUCAUAUUGUCUAAUUUAACUCAAAGUUAUCAAUCCUAAGUGAAUCUAUGAAUAAAAGAACCCAAGAUAAUUAAUAGCUUGAUGAGAUCAGAAAAUUAGGGUAAGUCAUUGGAGAAAUUUAAGUUAAGCAAGAGAAUUAUGAUAGAUAACUAAAUUCAAAUAUGAACAAGAUCUCUAAUCUUGAAAGAUAAAUUUCAGACACCAAUGAAAUUGAUGCCUUAAAGAAUUAAUUAGACUUGAAUAAUGAGCAGAUAAGCAAUGUUCAAGGUGUGUAAGAUAAUAUUCAAUAAGAAUUGUAAGAAAUCUAGCAAAUACAGCAUGAUAUCUCUGAAUAGCUAAACUAGAUUUAGAAUUCACAUGAAUAGUCUGUUAGAACAUCUGAGCUUUCAAUACAAAGGGUACAGAAUAAACUUGAAUUAGACAUAACACAUAUGAGAACUGAAUUCGAACAAUUGAUAGCAGAUAAUCACAACAACUAGCAAGUGCCUGUUCAAAUAAAUGAAGAUCAAAUCGUUGAAUCAGUUCUUUUACAAAUAGAUCCACAAUUUGAAGAAUUAAAAGCGAAGAUUAAUCAAGGUGAGUAAGAAAAUUAGGAACAUCAGUAAAAUCUUGAAUAAGAUUUCAAGUAAAUAACAGAUCAUAUCGAGUACUUAAAGCAACAAAUUACAUAGAAGCUUAAUAGAACUGAGAUCUAGGAAAUUAAAUCAGAUUUAGAUGACUAAAUUAACUAAAUUUCAAAGUAAUUGAAGAAAGUUGAUGAGAGAUUACACAGUCAGGAGGAAAUAAUCUUAGACAAGGAGAAGCAAAUCAAUGAAAUAGGAAAUGUAUAAACUGCUAUGAAAGAAUAGGUUGUUGAACUUUAAUUCCAAGUUUAAAAUGAAGAAAAUUUCGAAGAGAUCAAUUAAAAUAUCGAAUCUCUAAAUGAAUAAUUUGAUAGAAAGAUAAAUGAGCUAGAUUCAAAGAUAGAGCAAAUCGCACAAUAGUAACUAGAAGGACUCGAUAGAUAAUAAAAUAAUAGCUAGAAUGAAGAAUUUAUAGCCCAUUUUAGAGAAAACCUAGCUAUUAUAUCAAAUGAUUUGAGACUUAAACUCGACAUAGAAGCAUUCAAUAAUUAGCAUGAUUAACUAAAUGGUAAACUUGUACUGCUUGACUCUAAAAUUAAUGGCUUGAAAUAAAAAGAUGAAAAUAUUGAUUAAACUAAUAAUCAUAUUUCACUUGAAAUCCAAUAGCUAAGACAAAAUCUUGAAAGUAUUGAAUAAGAAAACCAACACUAAUUAAUUGAAAUUUAGAAGAAGCUAGAUGAUUUUGAUUAAAAGUUGGUGAAAUCUUAAAAUGAAAUUCAUUACGAAUUAAAUCAUCUUAGCUAAAGUCAAAAUGUGCCUUAAUAAGUAUAGGAGGUUCCUCAAAUUGAUGAUUAAAGAGUUAAUAAAUUAGAAGAGUAGAUUAAGCAUUUUGGCAUAGAGUUCACUUAGGUUAAGGCAUUAUUAGCCUAAAAUAAGGAUGAUUCAGUAAAAAACAUUCUUCCACUUAAGAAUGACCUUUAAAAUGUAAAGCAUGAACUUGAAAAUGAUUUUAAAGUACAAAGUGAAAAAUUAUCUCAAUAAAUUGACAAAGUUAAAUAAGACCUUAAUGAAUAAAGAGAAUAAUUAGCUACUCAAGAGCAUAAAAUCAGCUUAUAAGAAGUAAAUAUGGAAGAUUAAGCUAAAUCUUCCAAAAAUGAGAUAGAAUCAUUAGAAACAAAUAUAAAUCAUAUCUAAUAAGAUAUACCUUUGAUUCUUAAAAAGUUAGAUCAAUUGAGGGAUUAAGAAUAAAAUUCAUCAAACACUUAAAAACAAUCUUAAUAAUAAAUCAAGCAAAUUGAAGAUAAUUAUCAUCAAUUAAAAGAAAAAGUAUAAUUUUAAGAUAAUCAGAUUUAAAGGUUAUCUUAACUUUUAGAUCUGUUGAACGUAUAAUAAAAACAAGAGAGUAUUAAUCAAGAGGAUAAUAGAAUUCCUGAAAUAAUUGAAUCAAUUGAAGAUCUUCGAACUUAAAUUCAGUAACUAAAGUAGAUAGAGCACAUUCCACAGAUUGAAAUCAAUAAGAUCUAAAAUGAAGAAUAGUAAAUGUAUUCACCUGCAGGUUUAGAGAUGUCUAAUAUCAAUUCUUGCAGAUCUCCACAAAAUUUCUUGGGAUCUUCUCAAAAACCUUAAAAUAGUAAUUAGCUCAAUGUCAAUUAUCAAGGUCAUUUCUUAGAAGACUUGUCAGAAGCAGAUCUUUCUCAUAAUUCACACAAUAAGUAUGCUAACCAAACAGAUGAUGGCGAUCUUAUGAUGUAUAACAAUAAGACUUAAUCAUUAGGAACUAGUUCUAUAAUGAGCAAUAAACUGCAUAAUAUGCUAAGUCCAGUUGAAUCAAGGUAAAAUCUUAACUUUAAUCAAUAAGUUACUGAUAAGCUAGCAGUUAUCAAAGAAUAAUAAGUUGAAUUAGUCGAGAAUGUUCCUAUAGAAGAAAAUCAAUUUAUGGAGGAAGAAGAGGAAGAAUUUUAGUAAAACUUUGAAAUCAAUGAAAGCCAAUAAUAGAAUCAACAGUAGCAGCAUAUUUCUUAACUUUAUAUGGAAGCAGACUCUAACGCUAGAGAAAUUGGACCUAUACACAGCUUGGACAAACAACUAGCUAGUUAGAAUGAAAUAAGCGAAGAGAGCCAACAAAUGAUUUCAAAUCUAAAUGAUCCUUAAUAAACAGAUGAGGAUUUAAUCGAUCUUAAUCACUCUCAAAAUAUUAAAGAACAGUAAAAAGAAGAGAAAACUUAACAACAAAGCAUUAUUCAUUAAAACAAAGAAGUUGAAGAUGACCAAGAGUUCGAAGGGGAAUUAAGUCAGAAUCUUUCACAAUAAGAAAUUGAUGAAAUAAACGAGGAUCAAGAUUUAAUGGAGUAAUUUGAAUAGCAAAAUGAUGAAUAUCUGCCUGAGCAUAAUAGGUUUGACUAAAACUAACUAUUUAACCCAAGUUAAAUGUUGAAAUACUAAUAAUUUGAGGACGAUGAAUAUGCAAGUGAGGAGGACAAAAUUGAACUGUAAAAUAUCAGUCAAUAGUAAAAAAACAGAUAUGUAUUAGAUGAUGAUAGUGAAGAAAAUAAUUAUUAAGCUAGUAAACCUGUUCCUUAGGCAUAAAUAAACUAAAUUCCUCAAGAGGACAUGGAUUUGUUAGGAUUAAAUACCGAGUAAGCUUAAGAAUAGGAGUAUUAUUAAGAGCAAGAUGAAGAUUAUGAAUAAGAGCAUGAUUAGCUAUAACUAGGUCAAGGGAAAUUAAUAUAAGACGAAGAGGAAUUUGAAGAUGAUCUUAAUCAAAAUGAAGAGCAAUAUUCAGAAAAUGAUGUUAAUUAGCAUUUCAACCAAGAAAAUGGAGGUGAUUUAUUCGAGCAAAGAAUGAGCUUCGUGGAAGAUGAUAAUCAACAUCAGUACUAUGACGAGAAUCAGUUUAUGCUAGCUUAAUAAGCAGAUAAUUCAUUCUAAAAUCAACAUAAUUUACACUAAAUGCAUUAAUACCAGCCUGAAAACGAAUAAGAAUCUCUAUAGAGAUCUCCAGAUGUAAACGACUACUACGAAGAAUAAUAUGAUGAAGACUUCCAGUAAGAGGAAGAUUAUGAAAAUCAAAAUAUACUAAAUUCUCAGCAAUAGUUAGAUCAAAGUCAAGAGGAGCAACCAGAUGAUGGUUAUGGGGAAGAGGAAGAAAUUUUAGAGCUCACUCCUAGGCAAUGCUCUGAGAUGCUUGCAGAAUUUAUAUUUAGUUCAGAGUUGGACUUCUGCUUGGAUGAGCUUGAGUUAUUAAAAUCAAGAAAAUUCAAUUGA